UUGAGGACUUCGCUCACACCAAGAAAACACCUAUGGACAACACAUCACAAGACAACACAUUCUCCAGAAGUCGAGUUUAUUUACUUAAGUCAUGACAUUCACAAUUAAAAAACAACAGCAAUUUGAGUACGUUAUGAGUUUUAAUUGAGAGACAUCUGAACACAACCACAGACCACUGGUGGAUGCAACCAAACGGUAAUUAACCUGGUGCGGGACAGUGUUUAUUGUAGAUAUGGACGAGUCCAGUGUCCCCCCUCCCUUGGCCAACCACCAACAUCAGUGUGUGGAGGAUCUCAACAACGUGGAAUGUCUCAGAAGGAAGAUCAAAUAUUACUUCAUGAACCCAUGUGAGAAGUACCACGCUCGUGGCCGAAAACCAUGGAAACUCAUAAUCCAGAUCAUCAAAAUUGCCAUUAUUACUAUCCAGUUAGUGUCUUUUGGCCUGAGCAACCAGAUGGUUGUCACUUUCAAGGAGGAAAAUCUGAUGACAUUCAAGCACCUCUUCUUGAAAGAUUAUGCUGAUGGAGACAUGGAUAUGUAUGCUGUUUACAGACAGGCUGAUGUUUAUGAUCACAUCGACUACAUCAUUGAACAGUAUGGAGUUCUGCACAACAUCACAGUAGGCAAUCAUGAAUAUGGGAAAAACGGCACUAUCUACAUCCCACUCUUACUAUGUCAGGAGUUCUACAGAAACAGUACCAUCUUCCCCGGAAAUGACACCUUUGAAAUAGAUGCGCAAGUGGAAACUGAGUGCCUCAAAGUUUAUCCGAUGUAUCGCUCAUCAUUGCGGAACGCACAUUUUAAAUUGCAUUUCAAAAGGAUGUUGUCUGUCAAGAUCACAUUUGUUCUCAAGGCCAUAAACUUACAGACCAUGAGACAUCGAGAGCUGCCAGACUGCUACAACUUUGCUGUUAUUAUCACUUUUAAUAACCAUGCUCACAGUGGCAGGAUAAAGGUUGACCUGGAAAAUGAUGUUGACAUCAAUGAAUGCAGAGACUGGAAAGUAACUGGAGCGUCUGCUAGAAACAUACACCUGACUGUGCUCUUUGACUGCUUCAUCAUUAUAAUCUGCAUCACCUCCCUCACCCUCUGCACACGCUCAGUGAUCAAUGGGAUUCGGCUGCAAUUUGAUUACACACUCUACUGCAGGAACCACUGCAGUAAAGAAGUCCCCUGGUCAGACAAGUUUGAGUUUGUGAAUGGUUGGUAUAUCCUCAUCAUUGUUAAUGACAUACUGACCAUCGUUGGCUCCAUUCUCAAGAUAGAGAUCCAGACUAAGGUACUCACAAGUUAUAACGUCUGCAGCAUCUUCCUUGGGACAGGCACCAUGUUUGUCUGGAUUGGGGUCAUCCGCUACCUGGGCUAUUUCAGAAAGUAUAAUAUUCUCAUCCUGACACUCAGGGCAGCUUUCCCAAAUGUUAUCCGUUUCAUCUGCUGUGCUGGAAUCAUCUACCUGAGUUACUGUUUGUGCGGCUGGAUCGUCCUUGGCCCGUAUCACGAGAAGUUUCGGUCCUUGAACACAGUGUCAGAGUGCCUGUUCUCCCUGAUCAACGGAGACGACAUGUUUACCACCUUUAAGAACAUGGCACAGAAGAGCAGCCUAGUGUGGAUUUUCAGCAGAGUGUACCUGUACUCCUUUGUCUCGCUGUUCAUCUACAUGAUCCUCAGCCUUUUUAUCACAAUCAUCACCGACACCUAUGACACCAUCAAGCAGCAGCAGCAGCAGAGUGGAACCCCAACCUCAGAGCUGCAAAAGUUCUUAUCAUUGUGUAAAGAUCUGCCAAACUCUGGGUUGUACAGACUCGACGAGCACAACAGCUGCUUUGCCUGGUGCAGGGAGCAUCAAGGGAGGCAGACUUCAGAGGCAUAGCAGGCCUUUAUUUGGAGAUUUUGAAAGGCUAUACUGUAUUAUAGCCUAACAAUAAUAUACACCUUAUAUGAUUAAAUUCAGUGGGAGGUUUUCUUUAACAUUAGGCCUCAGGUGAUUGACUUCUGAAAUUUUCCCUUUUGUUAAAAGGUACAAUGUGUAAGAAUUGAAGAGAUUUAAGAGUUUAAAAACUUCAUCAGCAGAAUGUGAUAAAACACCACCCCAUUUAUACCUGGUAUUAAAAUGUGAUCUGUAUCCGGAUACAUUAUCUGGAUGAUUAAAUGAUCCAAUCUUGCC